UAAUUUUGGAACCAACCCUAAGCUCCUUGUUUCUCCGCUCUAAAGGUAGCCCCGAUUAUUGCUGAUUUAAGCAUCAGAGUGUCUACCCCGAGGAUCCACCUCGGGGCUUUGCAGGUCAAUUCAGAGUGCAGAUACGGACUGAAGAAGGACUUCUGGUUUGGUGCAGUUACAUUUUGGCGCCGUCUGUGGGAACCUGAACUAAAGGAUCCCUUGUUGCUCUCAUCAUGGUUAAAACUAGGUCAGCCCGAGGUGGAAACUCCUCUCAGCCUCUUGGACGAGGUCAGGCCCCCAGCAACCUUCCACCUCAUCCCCCACCCCCAAUCCCGAAUACAUCCCUUCAUGUUCACCAUACCGAAGGAGGGGAUGAAAAUCAGUCACACAAUUCGACUAGCAACUCAGCCUCUACGGCUAACCAAGACGUAGUUGCAACUCAGCUCGCUGCCAUGCAGCAGCAAUUUGGUGUUUUUCAGCUAGUGCUGGCUCAGUUAUUAGCCCGGAACAAUCCUGGUGAUCCACUCAUCCACCUACUCAAUCCUGCUCCACAGCCUCCAGCCCCACCACAAAAUCCUGACCCAGUUCAACAUGCUCCCGCUGUUAGUGAAUCUCAGGGCCAAUCUCACAUCGCCCCAGCCCAGCAACCCCUUCAUGAUGAUGUCACUCGACGUUUAGAUAGCUUAGAAAAGCUAGUGGUCGAACAGCGAGGUGUCCCACCUCCACACCCUGCUGCUGACUCUGUACCUCACCCUCUCAACACCAAUAUUAUACUGGAACCCUAUCCCGCUGGCUUCCGAAUACCACAGCUUGAAACUUAUGACGGAACGAAGGACCCCGAUGAUCAUCUACAUGCUUUUUACUCUUGCAUUCAAGCCCAGAACGCCUCUGAUGCGUUGAUGUGCAAAAUCUUUCCCUCUACUCUCCGAGGUAAUGCUCGAACCUGGUACUACAGUCUGCCUCCAAGGUCAAUCAACUCGUACACGGAACUGACAUCUGCUUUUGCCACAAAGUUUUCCAGUAGAAGGUUGAUCAUGAAAACCAUUUCCGAGCUGAUGCGAGUCAAGCAGAGGGACGGAGAGUCUUUGAAGAAUUUUAUGAGCAGAUUCAAUGAUGCAGUGCUAGAGGUUAACUCUUUCGACCAAGCAGUGGGCAUUACAGCUGUGAUCUCAAGUCUCGGCCAUGAAAGAUUCAGAGAUAGUCUGCUUAAACAUCCUGCCACCACCUUCAGUGAGAUUAAGAAUAAGAUGGACUUAAGACGUCCGGAUCCAAUGAGAACUGCUGCUACUACCAGAGACCAUACUAGGUACUGUGAUUUUCAUCAGGAUCACGGUCAUACAACAGAGCAAUGUAAUAGCCUGAGGUCCGAAUUGGAAAGUCUGGCACAGAAAGGAAUGUUGAAUGAGUACAUCCAGAGAGCGGAACAGCCAAGGUUUGUCAGAGAACAAGGGCCACAGCAUCAAGCAAUCCGCAACCCCCCAAACAGACAAGGUGUGGGAUAUCAGCAAACCCCACCCCCACUACCACCACCAGCUAGAGUCAUACACAUGAUUACGGGAGGUUUGGAAGCUGGCGAACUGAGCUCUAAGCAGCGAAAGCUAUAUGUCAGAGAGGUUAAGCAUCAGAACCGAACUCAGAAGCGAAAAUUUGACGAUGCUGAGUGGAAGAAUCAACCCAUCACUUUCACAUCUGCUGAUCUCGAAACAAUUGUCACACCUCACAAUGAUCCUCUAGUCACUUCUAUCACGAUCAACAAUUGUGAAGUGCAGCGUGUCCUUGUUGACACAGGAAGUGCACCAGACAUCAUGUACUUCCAUUGUUUUGAGAGUCUUGGGUUAGAUCCCGCUCUAUUACAGCAGUAUGAUGGCCCCAUUUACGGGUUUAACAACCAACCAGUUCCAGUUGAAGGAGUCCUCACUAUGAAUGUUGCAUUUGGCAGUGGCCGAAGUUAUGUGACCCCUUCAGUCAUGUUUCUGGUAAUCAAGAUGGCGUCCUCAUUCAAUGUCGUCAUUGCUACACUGCGAGGCAACCAGGAGGUGGCCCGGCAUUACUAUAUCACCUCACUAACACAACCUCAAAAGGGCAAGACUCAGAUACCCGAGGUUGAUCCCAAACGGAUCCCUGAUGAUCGGCAAGUUAUGGGUGUUGAGAUAGUAGAUAACCAACCAGAAGAUGAAACCAGAGCUGCUCCAGUCGAAGAUGUGGAAGAGGUACAGAUUGAUGACAAAGAUCCGAACCGGAAAACGCAAAUUGGGACUAAAUUGAACCCGGAGGAAAGAGCAGAGCUCAUAGCUUUUCUUCGGGCCAAUAAAGAUGUUUUUACAUGGACUUCAGCAGACAUGCCGGGAAUUCCCACUUCAGUUUUUCAACAUAAACUCAGCACCAAUCCCCUCAAGAAACCAGUAGCCAAGAAACGACGCCUCUUUGGGGGGGAGAGGGUCGAUUACUGCGAGUGGGUCGCCAAUCCGGUGCUGGUGAAAAAAGCAAACGGUAAAUGGCGAAUGUGCAUUGAUUACACUAACCUCAACGAUGCAUGUCCAAAAGACUGUUAUCCAAUGCCAAACAUUGAUAAGCUGGUUGGGGCAGCUUCGGGGAAUGAGAGAUUAAGUCUCUUGGAUGCAUACUCAGGCUACCACCAGGUCUCAAUGGCUCCUGAGGAUGAAGAAAAAACCUCAUUCUAUGCUGGUGACGAGAUCUAUUGCUAUGUAAUGAUGCCCUUCGGCUUGAAGAAUGCAGGCGCCACUUACCAGAAGAUGGUUACCAUCGUGUUCCGAGCUCAAAUAGGACAGAAUCUGGAAGUUUAUGUUGACAAUAUAGUGGUGAAGAGUUUGAAAGCUGACGAUCACUUAACUGAUCUUGAGGAGACAUUCAACAAUCUCAGACAGAAUAGAAUGAGGUUAAACCCAGCCAAAUGCAUCUUUGGUGUGGAAUCUGAAAAAUUCUUGGGUUUUAUCGUUUCCUGGAGAGGGAUUGAGGUCAACCCAGAGAAGAUCAGAGCAAUUGCCGAGAUGGAACCGCCGAACUCACCACCUCUACUGACUAAAGCCAAAGAUGGAGAAAUCCUCUAUCUGUAUCUGGGAAUUUCAGAUGAAGCCAUUAGUGCGGUUCUGGUAAGAGAAGAAGCCAAGCAGCAAAAACCAAUAUAUUAUAUCAGCAAUGUGCUGCAUGGAGCCGAGCUGAGGUAUCCUAUAGCGGAGAAAGCAACCUUAGCAGUUGUCACUUCGCAAAGAUCUGCAAUCCGAGCUCAGGCACUGGCAGAUUUUAUUGUAGAGUGCACUCCAGGUAAUUCCAUUCCUACUCCGGAGCCCAAAGACUGGACCUUAUACGUUGAUGGGGCAUCUAGUAGCAAAGGUUCAGGAGCUGAAGCCCUCUUGAUUGGCCCAGAUGGGUACCGAAGUGAACAUGCCCUGAAGUUCAACUUCGAUGCAACAAAUAACAUGGCCGAAUAUGAAGCUCUGCUACUUGGUCUACAGCUAGCAUUGGAGUUGAAAAUCAGCGCAAUCCAGGUGUACAGUGACUCCCAGCUGGUGGUGAAUCAAAUCAACUCGAUCUGCGAAGUUGUCGAUCCGAUAAUGAUGAAGUAUGUAGCCCUUGUGGCCGAGCUAAAGUGCAGAUUUCAGAGGUUCUAUCUGAGCAAAAUCCCCCGAACUGAGAAUGAACAGGCAGAUUCACUCUCUAAAUUCGCCUCUGAUAAUUCUUCACAUUCCAGAUCAGUUUUUGUGGAGGUCUUAGAUGAACCAAGCUUCAUGAAGCCACGGAUAAUGGAGAUCAGCACCGACCCAGGCACACCAAGCUGGACUGACCCAAUCCUCUCCUUCUUACGAGACGGGGUAGUGCCCGAAAAUAGGCAGGAGGCAAUAAAGUUGAGGAAGAAAGCAUCUCGGUACGCACUUGUUGAUGGGGUCCUCUAUAAGCGAUCUUUCUCUCUACCCCUUCUACGGUGCUUGAAUCCCUAUGAAGCAGAAUAUGCACUCAGGGAGGUGCAUGAAGGUGUCUGCAACAGUCACGUGGGUGCUCGAACUUUGGCUCAUAAAGUCCUUAGACAGGGUUAUUAUUGGCCCAACAUGUACAAGGAUGCCAUUCACUUUGUUCAGAGAUGUUCGAAAUGCCAGUUCUUUGCGCACCUGACUCACCAGCCUGCAGAAGAGCUCACUACUCUGGUAGCACCAUGGCCAUUUGCUCAGUGGGGAUUGGAUCUUUUGGGUCCAUUCGUGAAGGGGGUUGGUGGUGUAACCCACCUGAUUGUUGGUGUAGAUUAUUUCACAAACUACGGGAUUAAACUGCAAUUCACCUCGGUUUACCAUCCAGAGUCCAACGGCAUGGUCGAAUCUGUUAACAAGUGCAUCCUAGAAGGUAUAAAGCCGAGGUUGGAACAACACAAGGCCAAAUGGGCAGACGAGCUCAACAACGCCCUCUGGGCAUACAGAACUACGAGUCGAACUGCCACAGGUGAAACACCAUAUCAUCUGGCCUUUGGUACCGAAGCAGUCAUUCCUAUCGAGAUAGGAGUUCCAAGCUUCAGAGUCACCCAUUUCGAUGAAGGACGAAAUGGACAACUGCUUCGGGAGAACCUUGAUCUGCUUGAUGACCUCAGAGAAGAAGCACGACUUCGAACUCUAGUCUACAAGCAGAAAAUAGCAAACUUCUACAAUAAACGAGUUCGACCCCGAUCAUUCAAAAUAGGAGACCUUGUUCUCAAGAAAGCUGGUCUAACGGGGUUCGAAACUCGAUUCGGCAAAUUAGCACCAAACUGGGAAGGCCCCUACACUGUGGCCGAAGUGCCGCACCCAGGUGCUUAUAUCCUACGGGACACUAAAGGCAAGCGGGUUCCCAGAGUCUGGAAUAUCAAUAACCUGAAGAAGUUUUACCCUUAAGUAUACUUCAUUUGAGUGAACUUUGUUUUGAUAAUUCCUACUUUCACUCCUUCUGCUCAAUUUAGAGUGUAUUUUAACUCAAUUCAUUAAUAAGUUUCACUUCACGAC